UUGAAGCUGCGUCCAAACAGACAGCGAAACAUCACCGCACGCCGCUGGGUACUCGGCGACAGCAAGUUUCUCAAGAUGGCAUCCUCCAGUCAUAUCGGCCAAGUAGAAGCCUUCGAUGAAACUAUAAGUGCAUGAAUUGCGGCAAGAAGGGUCACGUUCAGCGUGCAUGUCGGAGUGCCAAGAAGAAGACUGUUGGCGGAAAGAAGUGGGUCCGGACUCUUCAAAGCGACGACACAUUCAACGUCAAGAUGCUGUCACCACAAAGCCGGCGACCCAUCACCGUCGACGUGGAAGUUCAAGGAACUUCCUUGAGCAGGGAAUUGGACACGGGAGCCACGGUGUCCAUAAUACCGAAGCAGCAGUUCAAGAAAUUUCAGCCUCCUUUGAAGCUUGAACCCACCGAGCUACGCCUCAAGACUUACACCGGGGAAGUCGUGCAACCCUGCGGUUUCGUCAAAGCGUCCGUAAGAUACAAGGGUCAAGAGGACGUUCUACCCCUCUACGUAGUUGACCACAAUGGCCCGCCUCUUUUGGGCCGCGAGUGGCUCACACGUCUUCGUCUGGACUGGGACAACAUCUGCGGCGUACACAAGCUGUCGGACUCUCAUCGGUCUGAUGCAAGCAAGAAGUACGAGGCACGCCUAAAAGAACUUCAAGCCAAGUACAGCCGCAUCUUCGACGGCACCCUUGGCAAGAUAGAAGGUGAGCGAGCCACUUUAUUUUUGAAAGAGCAACGUCCGAAGUUCCUCAAAGCGAGAAACGUGCCUUACGCACUCCGGUCGGCCGUAGAGGAAGAGUUGCAGAAGCUUGAACAAAUGGGCGUCAUUACGCAAGUGUCAACCAGUGAGUUUGCUACGCCUAUUGUACCGGUAGUUAAAAAGGACGGCACCAUACGUGUGUGCGGGGAUUACAAAACAACGUUGAACCCUGUCCUAGACACGGAGCAGUACCCCCUGCCCAAACUUGAGGAAAUACUAGCUGCGCUCGCCGGAGGCAAAUACUUUUCCAAGCUAGAUCUUAGCAGGGCAUACCAGCAGGUAGAGAUGUCGGAGGACUCAAAAAAACUUCUCACACUAAACACGCACAAAGGGCUUUUUGCGGUGAACAGACUCCCUUUCGGAGUAGCGUCUGCGCCCGCGUUGUUCCAGCGCAUUAUGGACAACAUACUUAAAGGACUACCGGGUGUCAUAUGCUACCUUGACGAUAUUCUCGUCACGGGAGCAACCGCUGAAGAACACCUCAGGAACCUUGAAGCCGUGUUUUGUACACUUCAGCAGAAAGGUGUUCGCGUCAAGCGUGAAAAAUGUGAAUUUUUCAAAGAAAGCCUGCAGUAUCUGGGGCACAUUAUCAGCGAGACCGGCGUCAAGCCAAGCGAGGAAAAAGUUCAAGCGUUGCUGCAUGCCCCAGCGCCUACUAACAUCGCACAGUUGCGUUCACUGCUUGGACUGAUAAAUUACUAUGGAAAAUUCACGCCACGGCUAGCAACGCUGGCAAAGCCUUUCUACAGGUUACUACAGAAGGAUGCUCCCUGGUGCUGGAAUCGGAAAUGUCAAGAUGCCUUCCAAGCCAUCAAGGAAAUCUUGUCUUCGACGGAGGUGCUGGCACACUACGACUCGGCACGCCCGCUGCAGCUAUCCUGCGAUGCGUCUGCGUAUGGUCUCGGCGCUGUGCUGUCGCACGUCAUGAAAGAUGGCACGGUAAGGCCAAUUGCCUACGCUUCCCGAACAUUAUCAAAGGCUGAGGAAAACUAUAGCCAGAUUGAAAAGGAGGCGCUCGCCCUAAUCUUUGGCGUCAAGAAAUUCCACUUCUACAUUUAUGGUCGGGAGUUUACGUUGAUUACUGAUCAUAAACCUUUGCAAGCGAUCCUUGGGCCAAAGAGUGGGAUCCCGGCAAUAGCCGCCGCAAGACUGCAGAGGUGGGCGGUAACUCUGUCAGCCUACAAGUAUAAACUUGCCUACAGGACGUCCGCAGAGAACGCGGACGCGGACUGUUUUUCACGACUUCCGUUGCAGUCCACAGAAGUAGACGACAGUCACGACGAGACGUUUUAUACGCUGCGAUUGGCAUCUCUACCAGUCACCAGUAGGGACAUCGCGCGUCAUACAGAGCGUGAUCCCGUCCUCAGCUUGGUCCUAGACUUCACCAAGAAGGGAUGGCCAUCACAUCUUGAUGAUAAAGUGUUGAAGCCCUAUUUUGACAGACGCAGGGAACUCACAGUCCACGAGCGGUGCCUGAUGCAUGGAAUGAGAGUCGUCGUGCCCCCGAAACUUCAACAGCUGGUCCUGGAGGAGCUACACCAGGGACACCCAGGAAUAGUGCGGAGCAAAGCACUCGCCCGAAGCUACGUAUGGUGGCCCUCCUUGGAAACGGACUUGGAGAACCAAGAGCGGCCCCACAUGGUUCCACGCAACAGUACUGCAGCGGACGGGACCAGUGUCCUACGUGGUCAAGGUGCGGACACCGGAUGGACUCCGUACUUGGAGGCGACACAAGGACCACCUGCGCUCAGCGUCUACUGCAGUGACAGCGCCGUCCCUUGUGGGGGAGGACGAUACCGACACCAUCUAUCCUGCGUCUGAAGCCGACGUACCACCUCCGUCUACUGUCUCCGCAAGACAAACGGUGCCCGUCACCCCCACUAACGCUGCGCCUCGGCGAUACCCACAACGCCAGAGAAGACCCCCCGAUCGCUAUGAAGCCUCAUGACGUUCCAAAUUGCGGUGGAGGAAGUGCUAGAGGCCGCUGCCGUUGCUAUCAGCAGUACGCGUAGUACUGACGUCACCGGGCGCUCUAUAAGAAGAGCACCGUCAUACGCGCAGCCAGAUCGCUGCCGGCCUCUGCGGAAAUAAAGCUGUUUCGCAGUC